AUGAUCACGACUAUACCCACACUUUCAGGAGUGAAUGCCUCACACAAUGACCAGGUCUGCAGCACAUGGGGUAACUAUCACUUCAAGACCUUCGACGGGGACUUUUUCCAGCUCCCCUCUACCUGCAACCAUGUUGUGACCUCACUGUGUAAGAGCAGCUAUGAGGCUUUCAACAUCCAGAUGAGGCGGCAGGUAGUGGACAACCAGCCCACCAUUAGCAAGAUCACCAUGAAGCUGGAUGGUGUAGUGGUGGAGCUAUCCAAGGGUGUUGUUGUGGUCAAUGGCCAGACGGUGACCCUGCCGGUCAGCUUGUCUGGAGUCAGCAUCAUGAAGACUACUUCCAAUGUGAAGGUCGUAGCCAAACUGGGGCUGGUUGCUGUUUGGAACAAGGAUGACUCCCUAAUGAUUGAAAUGAACGAGAAGUACAGAAACCAGACCUGCGGACUGUGUGGUGACUUCAAUGAAGUCCAAACAUACAAUGAGUUCAUCAUCAAUGGUGGGAAACUCUCUAGCUCUGACUAUGGAAACCUCUGGAAACUGGAUGGUCCUCUGGAAGUCUGUGAGGAGCCUACACUAACUUCCGAGGAGAGUUGUGGAGAUGAGGAAUUUUGUCAGCAGCUAUUUUCCAGUGCAGCUUUCAGUAGCUGCACUAAUUAUUUGGACAAGGACGCCUUCGUCGAGACCUGCCUGGCUGACCUGUGCCACUGUGAUAACAGCACCAACUCAUUCUGCCUGUGCAACACCAUCUCAGAGUACUCCCGUCAGUGUGUUCAUGCAGGGGGGAAGCCCCAGCAAUGGAGGACUGAACAGUUCUGCUAUAAGACAUGCCCCGACAACAUGGAGUACCAGGAGUGUGGAAGCCCCUGUGUUGACACCUGCUCCAACCCAGAGGCCAGACAGUUGUGUGAAGACCACUGUACAGGCGGCUGCUUCUGUCCUCUAGGUACUGUUUUCGAUGAUGUCAACAACAGUGGCUGUAUUCCAGUGAGCGAAUGCCUCUGUGUCCACAAUGGACAAUUAUACAAAUCUGGAGAAUCUUACACCAGCAACUGUAAAGAAUGCACCUGUGCUGGUGGUCAGUGGGCCUGCACAGACAAGGACUGUCCUGGGACCUGCUCUGUGGAGGGAGGAUCCCACAUCAACACCUAUGAUGGGAAAGCCUACACCUUUCACGGGGGCUGCUCUUACAUUCUGACCAAGCAAUGCAAUGGAACUGAAUUCACCGUGCUGGGAGACAUUGUGAAGUGUGGGUUGACUGACACUGAGACGUGUAUGAGGGCUGUUACCCUUGCCCUCUCCAGCAGAUCCACCGUGAUCCGAGUCCAGUCAUGUGGAAGUGUUUUUGUAAAUCAGAUUCUUUCUCAGCUCCCACUCUAUACAGCUGAAGUGACCGUCUUCAAGCCCUCCACAUUCUACAUUGUUAUCCAGACAACUCUUGGAGUUCAACUUCAGAUCCAGCUUUCACCAGUUAUGCAGAUCUACAUAACUGCCAUCUCAUCCUACAAAGGAACAACCUGUGGCCUUUGCGGAAACUACAAUAAUGUUCAGGCAGAUGAUUUCAGAGUCAUCAGUGGAUUGGUGGAGGGCACAGCUGUAGCUUUUGCCAACACAUGGAAGACCAUGUCUAGCUGCCCUGAUGUCAAGACUAGCUUUGAAAACCCCUGCAGUUUGAGCAUUGAAAAUGAGAAAUAUGCCCAGCACUGGUGUUCCAUGUUAUCAGAUCCUAAAGGAGUGUUCUCGCCUUGCCAUUCUGAAAUAAGACCUGACACCUACAAAACCAAUUGCAUGUAUGACAGCUGUAACUGUGAGAAGAGUGAGGACUGCAUGUGUGCUGCCGUCUCCUCUUAUGUCCACGCUUGUGCUGCCGAGGGUAUCCAGCUCACUGGCUGGAGAGACACUAUCUGCAAUACAUUUGCCACUUGCCCCAGUCAAACAGUUUAUACCUACAACAUGACCAGCUGUGGACGCACCUGCCGCUCCCUGAGCAUGACAGACCAAUCUUGCCAGGUGGAGUUUGUUCCAGUGGACGGAUGUGGCUGUGCAGAGGGCACCUACAUGGACGAGGCUGGCCAGUGUGUUGCCCCCACCAACUGUCCCUGCUAUGACAAGGGCUCGGUGGUCCCUGCAGGAGAGACUAUCAGCAGAGACGGUGCCACCUGCACUUGCAGACAAGGGACAUUGAGUUGCACUGGGGAAGCAAGACUAUUUAUAUGCACACUACCAAUGGUUUUCUUCAACUGCUCAACUGCACCUCCAGGAGCUUCAGGUUCAGAGUGUCAGAAGAGCUGCAAAACUCUGGACAUGACCUGUAUUAGCACAGAGUGCACAUCAGGUUGUAUGUGCCCCAACGGACUGGUGUCUGAUGGAAACGGAGACUGCAUCAAGGAGGAACUUUGUCCUUGUGCUCACAAUGGAGCUACUUACCAAGCUGGAGAGACCCUUAAGGUUGACUGCAAUACAUGUACUUGCAAGGACAGACAAUGGCAGUGUACCACACAUCUCUGUGAUGGAGUUUGUGCAAUCUAUGGAGAGGGUCACUAUAUCACUUUUGAUGAGAAAAGGUUCAACUUUAAUGGAAACUGUGAAUACACUCUCAUUCAGGACUACUGUGGCAAUACUAAUGGCAGUGGCAGCUUCAGAGUCCUCACUGAGAACGUUCCUUGUGGAACUAAAGGCACCACCUGCUCCAAGACCAUCAAGCUCUUCCUGGGGACCAGUGAGCUCAUACUGGCAGAUGGGACCGCUCAAGUUGUCAGGAGUACUCCAGAAGAGCAGUUUCCUAAACAGAUCAGCCUUCUGGGGAAUUAUCUGGUCAUUGAAGUCAAAAGUGGUCUAAUCCUCAUGUGGGACAAGAAGACCAGUCUCUUUAUCAAGCUUAGCCCACAAUACCAGGGGCUGGUGUGUGGUCUGUGUGGAAACUAUGAUGGCAACGCAAACAAUGACUUCACCACUAGAGCCCAAGCGACUGUUGUUGAUCCGGUGGAAUUUGGAAACAGCUGGAAAGUUUCAUCAAGCUGUCCAAGUGUAUCCGCUGUAGUGCACCCAUGUGCCUCCAACCCGUACAGAGCGUCUUGGGCCCAGAAACAGUGCAGCAUCAUUAACAGUGAUGUUUUCACAGCCUGCCAGAACCAGGUGGACCCCUCUCCUUACUACGAUGCUUGUGUGAGAGACUCAUGUGCUUGUGACAGUGGUGGAGACUGUGAGUGCUUCUGUACCGCAGUGGCAGCUUAUGCAAAGGCCUGUAAUGAAGCUGGAGCAUGCGUAGCCUGGAGAACCCCUCGAAUUUGCCCACUGUUCUGUGAUUACUACAACCCUACUGGAGAAUGUGAGUGGCACUACAAGGCAUGUGGAGCUCAGUGUAUGAAGACCUGCAGAAACCCUUCCGGAGACUGUUCUAGUUUAAUUCCAGCAUUGGAAGGCUGCUAUCCUAACUGUCCUGCGGCACAACCUUACUUCAAUGAGGAGACAAUGAAGUGUGUGGAGAGGGAACAAUGUGGCUGUUACGACUAUGAAGGAAACCAGUACACCAAUGGACAGAAUCUUCCGGCACAAAAUUGUGAAACAUGCACCUGCACAAUGACUGGAGUGAGCUGUAGUUAUGAUGUAAAUGAUUGUACAUGCUUGCAUAAUGGUAAACAACACCCAUAUGGAGAAACCCUCUACAAUACAACAGAUGGGAUUGGUAACUGCAUUGUUGCUGUUUGUGCCUCAAACGGAACCAUUACCAGGAACAUUUCGCCUUGUAAAGUGACCACAACUCCAGUACCAACCACAACAUCCCCUCUGACCACAACAACUGUCCAUGAAGAAACAACAACUGAGACCAUCGCAUCCACAAAGCCACCUAAAGUAGUCACCACAGGCCCAACAACCACUUCCACAACUGUAAAUGUUGAAACUUCUACUUCAACAUCACAGCCCACAACAACAGGUGAAGAAACAACUGGGCCAGUUGUCAUAACUUCCAAUCCCACGACAUCAACCACAACUUCAAAGGCACCCACUACACCUACCACAGCCACAAAACCACCUAAAGAAGUCCCCACGGGCCCAACAACAACUUCCACCACUGUAAUAGCUGAAACCUCUACUUCAACAUCACAGCCCACAGCAACAGGUGAAGAAACAACAGGGCCAGUUGUCAUAACUUCCAAUCCCACUACUUUAACAACAACAACAAUUGCACCAACAACAACGACACCUACCACAGGUGGAACGACAACAGUUGAAGAAACCACAACCGAGACAAUUUCAUCUACAGCCACAAAGCCACCUAAAGAAGUCCCCACGGGCCCAACAACAACUUCCACCACUGUAAUUGCUGAAACCUCUACUUCAACAUCACAGCCCACAGCAACAGGUGAAGAAACAACAGGGCCAGUUGUCAUAACUUCCAAUCCCACUACUUUAACAACAACAACAAUUGCAGCCACAACAACGACACCUACCACAGUCACCUCCGGCCCAACAACAACUUCCACCACUGUAAUUGCUGAAACCUCUACUUCAACAUCACAGCCCACAGCAACAGGUGAAGAAACAACAGGGCCAGUUGUCAUAACUUCCAAUCCCACUACUUUAACAACAACAACAAUUGCAGCCACAACAACGACACCUACCACAGGUGGAACGACAACAGUUGAAGAAACCACAAAUGAGACAAGUCCAUCUACAAAACCACCUAAAGAAGUCACCUCCGGCCCAACAACAACUUCCACCACUGUAAUUGCUGAAACCUCUACUUCAACAUCACAGCCCACAGCAACAGAAGUCACCUCCGGCCCAACAACAACUUCCACCACUGUAAUUGCUGAAACCUCUACUUCAACAUCACAGCCCACAGCAACAGCUGAAACCUCUACUUCAACAUCACAGCCCACAGCAACAGGUGAAGAAACAACAGGGCCAGUUGUCAUAACUUCCAAUCCCACUACUUUAACAACAACAACAAUUGCAUCCACAACAAUGACACCUACCACAGGUGGAACGACAACAGUUGAAGAAACCACAAAUGAGACAAGUCCAUCUACAAAACCACCUAAAGAAGUCACCUCCGGCCCAACAACCACUUCCACCACUGUAAUUGUUGAAACCUCUACUUCAACAUCACAGCCCACAGCAACAGGUGAAGAAACAACAGGGCCAGUUGUCAUAACUUCCAAUCCCACUACUUUAACAACAACAACAAUUGCACCAACAACAACGACACCUACCACAGCAACAGGUGAAGAAACAACAGGGCCAGUUGUCAUAACUUCCAAUCCCACUACUUUAACAACAACAACAAUUGCACCCACAACAACGACACCUACCACAGCCCACAGCAACAGAAGUCACCACGGCCCAACAACAACUUCCACCACUGUAAUUGCUGAAACCUCUACUUCAACAUCACAGCCCACAGCAACAGGUGAAGAAACAACAGGGCCAGUUGUCAUAACUUCCAAUCCCACUACUUUAACAACAACAACAAUUGCACCCACAACAAUGACACCUACCACAGGUGGAACGACAACAGUUGAAGAAACCACAACGGAGACAAUUUCAUCUACAGCCACAAAGCCACCUAAAGAAGCCACCACAGGCCCAAUUACAUAUUCCACAACUGCUGAAGUUGUAACUUUGACAUCACAGCCUUCAACAACAAGUACAGAAACAACAGAGCCAGUUGUCAUCACAGGCCCAUUAGAAACAACAAGAAAUCCUUCAACAUUGCCACAAGUGAUUAUUACACCAACAUCACAAGUAGUCACCACCAGCCAGUGUAUGUGCAUUGUUAAUGGGACACAAUAUCUACCAGGGAACCUAGUGUAUAAUGUGACUGAUGGUUCAGGGUGGUGCUUCACCGCUUACUGCAAAGCCACGUGCCAAGUUGAAGUGGAAUCAAAUCCAUGUCCUUCCUCUACACCACCCACUGUUUCACCCACAACGUCAGAGACAACGACCACACCACCAACAACUCAAUCCUCCCCAGACUGCACUAGCAUUCAGCCACCAAGAAAGAAUGGAGAGUCUUGGCAGCUGAAUAGCUGUACCACAGCAAUUUGCCAGGACGGCAUUGUUGUCCAGCUACCAGUAAAAUGCAAGCCAGUGGAGCCACUACAGUGUGAGAAUGGUCGUCCACCUGUCAAGGUCUAUGAUUCAACUGGAUGCUGCUUUACAUAUGAAUGUGAAUGUGUAUGCAGUGGAUGGGGUGGAUCUCACUACAUGACAUUUGAUGGAGUAUAUUACAAUUUCCAGGAGAACUGCUCAUACACCUUAGUGAAAGAAAUCAACUUCAAGUACAACCUUACCAUUAUUGUUCAUAAUCACUACUGUGGAAACGCAGACAGUGGAUUCUGUCCUCAGUCCCUUAUCAUUCACUACAAUUCCUAUGAAGUGAUUCUUACCCAGCAGAGAUCUGGUGAAACAACAGAAAACGUGGUAUAUGUCAACAGUAAACGAAUCUACCCAGCUUACAGAAUGGUUGACAUUGCUCUAACAAGUACUGGUGUGGAGGUCGUGCUGGAGAUCCCUGAUCUUAAGGUUCAGGUGUCUUACAAGGGGUCAUCAUUUAGCAUCAACCUUCCUUACUCCCUCUUCCAAAGCAGCACAGAGGGCCAGUGUGGUACCUGUGAUAAUUCCCAGAAGAAUGACUGCCAGUCACCUAAUGGUCAGAUACAGAGCUGCUCAGUCGCAGCUAGCCAGUGGCUAAUUCCAAACCAGGACUGUCAAACUCCUCCAACAGCACCACCCCCAAGCACAUCCCCUACCCCCUGCAAGACAGCCGUUUGUGAAAUCAUGAACAGCAAGGUCUUUGAGGAAUGCCAUAAAGCGGUUUCUCCUGAUGUCUUCGUUCGGACCUGUAGAUCAGAUGUCUGCUACAAUGCUAAUUCUAGCUGCUCUAGUCUGGAGGCGUAUGCAUCUGAAUGUGCAAAUAAAGGGAUCUGCAUUGAAUGGAGGAAGUUCACCCAUGGAGAAUGUGAGCAUACAUGCCCAGCCACGAAGGUGUACAUGCCAUGUGGUCCAGCAGUUGAACCAACAUGUAAUACCAGAUAUAAUGAGAAGUAUUUGAACAACCAAACCCAAAUGAUCAAUAAGACGAAGGAGGGUUGCUUCUGUCCAUCUAAAACCGUCUUGUUCAGCACCUACUCUGAUACUUGUGUGGUCUCCUGUGGCUGCACCGGACCUGAUGGCAACCCCCAAAUGCCUGGUGAUACAUGGGAGAGUGGUUGCCAGCAGUGCACCUGUGACAUGGACUCCGUGAUUGUCCAGUGCCAGCCUAUCACCUGCCCCACACCAGCCACACCCAUCUGCAAUGAGACUGGUUACAGACUGGUGAACAAGACAGAAGGCUGCUGCCAGAAAUAUACAUGUGAGUGUGAUGCACUGCUUUGCCCCAAAGUCAUGAUGGACUGCCAGCCAGGGUGGGAGGCAAUUAUAAGCACAUCCAACUCAAGCUGCUGUCCAGAGUAUACCUGUGUUCCUAAGGGUGUAUGUGUCUACAAUAACAUUGAGUACCAGCCUGGUGCUGAAGUUCCUAAAGGAACAUGUGAGAAUUGUAUCUGCAGCUCGACCAUGGAUCCUAGCACCAAGCUCAACAACAUUGUGUGCACAAAUAUCUCCUGCGACACUACAUGUUCACAGGGCUUCCAGUAUCAGGCCAUACCUGGUCAGUGUUGUGGGAAAUGUGUACAGACAAGCUGUGUGGUUAAUAUGCCAGAUAAGACCAAACACACUAUGCAGGUGAACGAAACAUGGUCACCACCUGGUGACAAAUGUGUGAUGUACACGUGUGACAAAAGUGAUGACCAAUAUAUACCAGUAGAGGUGAAGACUGUGUGCCCUGAUUUCAGCCCAGAGAUCUGUGUCCCAGGUACAGAAAAGACAGAUGCAAAUGGAUGCUGCAAGACUUGCACAGAACGCAGGAAUGUCUGUGAGAUGAAGUACACCACCACUAGCUUUGUCAUCAGUGGCUGUGUGACCGCUGAGCCUGUGGAGAUCAAUUCCUGCUCAGGAAACUGUGGAACCUCUUCCAUGUACUCAGCAGAGGCGAACACCAUGAUGCACUACUGCUCCUGCUGCCAAGAGGCGACCACAAGCCAGAAAGAGGUGGAGCUGCUCUGCCCUGAUGGGUCAAAGGUCAAGCACUCCUACAUCCACGUUGAGUCGUGCGGAUGUCAUGUCACAGACUGUGACACAGGCACGACUGCCACCCCGGGAACAACCAGACAGCGCAGGAGGAGGCGCUAAACGUCUAGGGAGACAACAUCGGAAUUGUUCUCAUGACAUCGAAUGUUUUAGUGCGAAUUUGUUUUCUUGUUACUUUUUAAUUCAAUCUGUCAUGUCAGUGUAUUUCUACAAUCGGCAGCACUUAGUAUUAUGUUCUUAUACCUUCAUUGUAGAAUGAAAGUAUUUUCUAUGAUAAAUGUAGAGGGUAAUCUUUUUUUCUCAUUUGUAGUGAGUAAUAAACAACAGCAACAUCA